GUCAUAUUGGGUAGUGUUGCAUGAUAAAAUUUGUAGCCGAAGCGAAGACUGAUUAUUUGUAAAAACGAAGCAUUAUUUUGUUUGCAGGAACCCGAAUCAGGAGAGCAUAUUGGAUAACUGAAAACGUCCUAUGUUAGUGGAACCAUGAAGAAAGUAACAUUGGAAAGUACAAAAAAGGCAAACUGGCCUCAUCAAGGAUUGCACAGUAAUAUUUAUUCUGAAAGUAUUAUUCACCAUUGUUUUAUAUGUGAUGAGGAAAUUAUGGGCAGAGGGGUCCCUCUGUUAGUAAGCCAUACAUCCUAUACGAAGACUGGGCUUCCAACAAAAAUAGGACAACUAAUGGGGGAAGGCUUCAUGGUGGUUGUAUCAGUAGGAGACAUGCUGUGCAAACGCUGUGCUGCUUUGUUGAAUCACCUUGAUAAAUUAGAAUCUGAUCUAGAUAUUGUAAAACGGGCCCUAACAGGCUACUUGAAGAUGAAGUAUGGCCUCCUAGACAAUACCGAUGAACAAGUGGAACCUGAUAAACAAAAUAUAACAAGUGAAACAAAUGUAGAAGAAAUGCCUAAUAUGACAACUGGUGGUGGGACCACUGAGGUUUCUGAGGACUCAUAUGCAAGUGAAUCAGAACCUGAGUCUUCACAUGGAGCAGUCAGUAGCAACAGAACCAUUGAAAUUCUUCUAGAUGAAGGCCCUAGUGCUUCAAAAGAUCACUCACAAAUCCAAAAGAAAGACUCAUCUCCAUCUCUGAAGGUAUACAAGUGUACAACUUGUAAUUUUAAAACAUCAGAACUUGCUCUAUUUCAACCUCACUUUUUGUCAUGCAGUGAGCUGCCUUACAAAUGCACUAUGUGUGAGAAAAGGUUUGAGAGCCAUAAAUAUGUUAGAACUCAUAUCAUGGAAGCACAUCUUUCAAAUUGGACAUGCCAUUUUUGUAACACAGACUUCAGUGAAGAAAAGGAAUUCACAUCACACAUGAAAACUCAUUUAUGUCACAAAAGUAGUUCCCCAAAAGUCCAUGUAGAAGAAUUAUUGUAUGCCAGUGGCAGCGAGGAUGUAACAUAUAAUUCUUCACAGAAUGCGUUGCUGGCGAACUAUGAAUGUAAUAUUUGUGAUUACCAAUGCAGCAAUAAGGAAGAGUUUGAUGAACAUGUACAUAAGCAUGUCAUGUUGAAACCUUUUCAAUGUAAAGUUUGUAAGAAGAGGUUCCAGCACCAAGAAGAUUUAACACAUCACAUGGGUGACCACAAAUCAGAACUCUUGUGCUCUGCAGAAUUUGAGAAGAAACGUAGCCUGUUAAAACAUGAACACAGUCUUAUGACAGAGUUGAAGGGAGAGACAUUUCACAACAAAGGAAAUGACAUAAUAGAAUUUUUGGAUCAGACAUUAGAUGAUACAAUAAAACCAACCUCUGAGAAAGGGAAACUGGAUAGUUUCAUCAGAGAAACUGAAAAUAAACACAAUGCAGAGUCAUCCAGUGAGUGCAGGAAAAAUGAAAUUGAAUUUCAUACAUGCCAAGUAUGUUCACUAACGUUUGUCAAUGAAUCGCUCUUUGUAGAACAUACCAAGAUGCAUAAGCAAGAGGAAGCUAGUAAAGAACUAUUCAACCAACAUUCCAGAAAACUCCUACAAAUGGGAAAAGUCGAUCUGGAUGAUGAUGCAACAGAACAUGAUGUGAACUCCAUCAAUUCAGAAGGAAGGCAGCAGUAUGUUGAAAUGGACGAAAGCCUUGAGGAUAUGUUUGAAAAGCUUGAUUCAGUGACAGAAGUUGCUCAUUCUUCUGAAAAUAAAGAAGCAACAAAUCACACUACACUAGCAAUAUAUAAAUGCAACACAUGUCCAGAGGAAUUCAGGAACAAUGAUGAAUUGCAGCUGCAUAAAGUAACACAAACACAUCUCACUAAUGAUUCUCAGAAUGACAAAGUGGCCAUGAUGAUAGAAGAUAAAAGUGAUGCUUCUAUAGUUGAUACAUUUAACCAAUGUAAAACUGAAGAAAAUGUAACCGAUAUGCAACAAUGUGAAAGUAUAGCAGACGAUGGAUUGUGUGCUGAAACUUUAUUAAUUGGGCAUGCUGAAAGUCCGAAAGUCCUACCAAUACAGAAUGACCACUGCCAAAUUCAAGAAAAUGACAGUGAAAAGGAUGGUUUUCUCGAUAUAUUUGAUAUGGUGCGAGAAAAAAAACUUUCUGCAAAUGUUAGUGGUGAAAUAGAUCCAGUUUUAUUGCAAGAUAUGUGUGAGACGCAAGUGAAAGCAGAACAGAUUGAAGUGACACCUGCAAUAGAGUUUCUUCCACACAUAGCACCAGACAUGAAACAUCUGAAUGACAGUGAGGUGUAUAAAACUGCACCCAUUCCAACCCAGAGCAACAAGACUUAUGUAUGUGCGAUGUGUGGUUAUCGAACUCCCGCAAUGUUUGAUUUGAGGAGGCACUUCAAAGAACACAGACAGAAAUCAUUCAACUGUAAAAUUCACAACAAAGUGUUGCCAAGCACCCAGAAAUUGUCUAACCACUUAAAAAGUCAUGACAGGUUUUAUGGUAAAAUGACAUGUCCAUAUUGCUAUGUACAAUUCCCUGACAGGUAUAGCCUUCAGCAACAUUUACAGGAGAAGCAUCAAAAGGAGAAGGUGAUGUACAAGUGUUCAUUUUGCAGCGAAACUUUCAACACAAAGAAAGCAUACAAAGCACAUGAGGAGAUUCAUCCAGAAAGAUUUUCUUUCAGGUGUAAUGAGUGCGGUACACCAUUCCUGAAGGAGAAGCAGCUCCUUGAUCACAAAGACGCGGUUCAUAGAGAUCCACAUUGUCGUUUCUGUGGUAAAGAGAUAGUGAAAGCAAAGACCCUUAGAAAUCACGAACUUAGACACAUCAGACAAAAAGAUCAUUUUGAGUGUGAUAUCUGUAAACGGGUGUUUAAAACAAAGACAGGUCUAAGGCACCACAUUGCAGUGCACACUGGUGAGUACAAAUAUUGCUGUGAUUAUUGUGGCCGAGGCUUCAUGUCCCGCAUGAUGAUGGAAGAGCACCGCAGCAUGCACACAAAGGAGGAACGCUAUAUCUGUGAUGUUUGUGGUCGCAAGUUUAGUUUCCAGAGCACAUACUGGAUUCACCGUAAGUGGCAUGAUAAUCCUUAUCCAUAUAAGUGCAGCUUCUGUGGCAGGAUGUUCCGACACUCAUCAUUGCUGGCAGUUCACAAGAGAACCCACACAGGUGAACGUCCAUACAAAUGUCCACACUGCCCAUUAACAUUUCCAGUGGGUGGAACACUCAAGCGACAUCUUAUCCUACACACUGGUGUAUAUCCAUUCAACUGUGAGAACUGUAAACGUGGUUUCACCACCCGGCAUAAAUAUGCAACUCACCUUGCAAAGAUCCAUGGAGAUUUUGAGAUGCUUCAUGCUAAGCCCCAACAGAGCGAGUUCAAAAUGGUCAUCCGAGAUGAACCUAAACCCAUCCAACAGCCAACAGUGUGGGAAGUUACUGACGACUCUGUUCCAGACCAAAUGAAUUUCAAACUGGAGACAAUUACAGGAGAUGAUGAUAGAAGUAAAGACCCAGUUCAUGAAGGAAUUGCUUGCACUAUAGUUUCAGAUGAGAUGCUGGUGGAUAACAUGGUUCCUACCAGAGUAGUGGAAAUUGUUUUAGAUGAAACUUCACAAGCUGUUGCAACAGUUACCCUUGCAGAACAUGCAAAUAUCCUUCCUGAUAUCUGGUAUCAGUAGGUUUCUUUCACCAUGUACAUUCAUCACAGUUGUAUGUAAUACAAGGAAACAGGACCGCUGUAUAUAAAAUGCUUAAAAAAAUGUAAAUGAAAUUAAAAUAUUGAAACAGAAUUCACUAGUA